GACCUCGGACCGCCCCCUCCGCGCCCGGCACGCCCGGCGCCGCCUUCUGGUCCCGUACCCGGCUCGGCCUCCGCCAGCUCUGGUCACGGCGCGGGCGGCCCCGGAGCCUCUCGGCGAGCGCGGCUCGGUAACAAGUGGCGACGAUGCCGUUCGAGAUCAAGAAGGUGUUCGCCAGCCUCCCCCAGGUGGAGAGGGGCGUCUCCAAAAUCAUCGGCGGCGAUCCCAAGGGCAACAAUUUUCUUUACACCAAUGGAAAGUGCGUCAUUCUAAGGAACAUCGACAACCCAGCCCUUGCUGACAUCUACACGGAGCACGCCCAUCAGGUGGUGGUGGCCAAGUACGCACCCAGCGGAUUCUACAUCGCCUCUGGAGAUGUAUCUGGGAAGCUGCGAAUCUGGGAUACCACACAGAAGGAGCAUCUCCUGAAGUAUGAGUAUCAGCCUUUUGCUGGGAAGAUCAAGGAUAUUGCUUGGACAGAAGACAGUAAGAGGAUCGCAGUGGUCGGGGAAGGAAGGGAGAAGUUUGGAGCUGUCUUCCUGUGGGACAGUGGCUCUUCUGUGGGAGAGAUCACGGGACACAACAAAGUCAUUAACAGCGUGGACAUCAAGCAGAGCCGGCCAUACCGGCUGGUGACUGGCAGUGACGAUAACUGCGCCGCGUUCUUUGAAGGGCCACCAUUCAAGUUCAAGUUCACAAUUGGCGAUCACACCCGCUUUGUCAACUGUGUGCGAUUCUCUCCCGACGGGAACAGAUUUGCCACGGCCAGCGCUGAUGGGCAGAUACACAUCUAUGACGGGAAGACAGGAGAGAAAGUGUGCGCCCUGGGAGGAAGCAAGGCUCACGAUGGAGGGAUUUAUGCUAUUAGUUGGAGUCCUGAUAGCGCCCAUUUGCUUUCUGCUUCCGGAGACAAAACCUCUAAAAUUUGGGAUGUCAAUGUGAACUCUGUCGUUGACACGUUUACCAUGGGCUCCAACGUUCUGGACCAGCAGCUGGGCUGCUUGUGGCAGAAGGACCACCUCCUCAGCGUGUCCCUGUCCGGGUACAUCAAUUACCUGGACAGAAACAACCCCAGCAAACCCCUGCGGGUCAUCAAGGGUCACAGCAAAUCAAUCCAGUGUCUGACGGUGCAUAAAAAUGGAGGCAAGUCCUACAUCUACUCUGGGAGCCACGAUGGACACAUUAAUUACUGGGAUUCAGAGACUGGGGAGAACGACUCCUUUGCUGGGAAAGGCCACACGAACCAAGUGUCCAGGAUGACCGUGGACAGCGCUGGGCAGCUGGUGAGCUGCAGCAUGGAUGACACAGUGCGGUACACCAACCUGACGCUGAGGGACUACAGUGGACAGGGCGUCGUGAAACUGGAUGUCCAACCAAAGUGCGUGGCUGUCGGCCCCGGAGGCUAUGCCGUGGUCGUGUGCAUCGGGCAGAUCGUCCUGCUGAAGGAUCAGAGGAAAUGCUUCAGCAUCGAGAACCCCGGCUAUGAGCCUGAAGUCGUGGCUGUGCACCCCAGCGGUGAAACGGUGGCUGUUGGGGGUGCGGACGGGAAUGUCCGCCUGUACUCCAUCCUGGGCACCUCACUGAAAGACGAGAGCAAGCUCCUGGAGGCCAAGGGUCCCGUGACCGAUGUGGCGUAUUCCCACGAUGGCGCCUUCCUUGCCGUGUGCGACGCCAGCAAAGUGGUCACUGUCUUCAGCGUUGCUGAUGGCUACUCGGAGAACAAUGUUUUUUAUGGACACCAUGCAAAGAUUGUCUGCCUGGCCUGGUCACCGGACAACGAGCACUUUGCCUCUGGUGGCAUGGACAUGAUGGUGUACGUCUGGACGCUGAGUGACCCCGAGACGAGGGUCAAGAUCCAAGAUGCACAUCGACUCCACCAUGUCAGCAGCCUGGCCUGGCUGGACGAGCACACGCUGGUCACGACCUCCCACGAUGCCUCUGUCAAAGAGUGGACAAUCACCUACUGAGGACCCCUCCUUUGGACAGACCGAAUCAGGGACUAGAGUCUAACCGCAGCAGAACACAUCUAAAUAUCCUGUAACGUGCCCCUGCACCCCCACCCGGCUCAGGAGGGAGGGGGCCUCAUGAUUGCCCCCGUCUCUCUGCAGGGUGUUCGUGUCUGUACACGUCCUUCUGAAAGCUUUAGACAGUGACGGUUUGCACAUGAGAAAUAAAGCAAGCGCUUAAACAAUGUGUGGAGCCUAACUAAAAUCCACCACCUAGCCCAGCCCAAGUGCAGAACAUUCCAGAGGCGGAGCCUCGAGAGCACACAGACUGCGCCCCGUGGCUCUGCAGCCCUGCAAGAGGCCUGGUCCCCUUCCCUGCCUGCAGAGCGGCUGUGCAUGGGAGAGGCGGCGCAGCCGCGGCAGUUCAGAGCCGGAGGGUGGUGGGUGUCCAGACGCUGCCCGCCUGGAGCGCGUGCAGCGCCGUAUGGCCGCCUCCAGAGCAGAUGGGGCACACGCACAUGAAUUGUAUUUCACUGUCGGUUUUUGUGCUCAAUUUUAAGAAUGGAAUCAUGGAAUUCUUUUUUUCAUUCUUUUUUUUAAAUGUAUCUCAACCGUUUACUGUCAGUGUUUACAAGCUAGCGCGUCCAGGGUGCUGUUCCCAGGUGUUUAGAGCCCUUGUUAGCCAGGUUAAGGCAUCUUGCCACCACCUCACCAUCAUGCUUUGAUGUGUUCCUGUCUUUCUUCGCCCCUUCUGCCCCCCAAGAGCAAAGAUUAAUGAAGUCACGGUAAAAUAAGCUGUCAUCAUUGUCACCGUCUUUUAAUUUUCCAGUGCAGAAAUUAAAAGUAAGUAUAAAGCAUGGUGACUGGGAGUUUUUUUGUGUGUGUCGGAAUCACUGGUAAAUGUUGGCUGAGAGCAAUCCCUCCCGUUGCACUUGUGGAAAUACUUUUGAGCGCUUUAAGAGACUCGACAAAUAAUUAAAUAUCUUUUCUCUUCA